CGUGACGUGGAUAAUUUUGGCCUAUACAUUCUUGGCCAUUCACUAAGCAACAGUUCGGUCAACGAGUUCACUCGAAGAAAAUGGCAAACUCCACCAUAAGAUUUGGAAUAUUGGGCUGUGCGGAUAUCGCACGAAAGGUGUCACGCGCUAUACUCCUUACACAAAACGCCACGCUCUACGCCGUCGGCAGCCGUUCAAUCGAGAAGGCCCGAAAAUUCGCUGCCGAAAACGGUUUUCCGUCGACGGCGAAGGUGUACGGCAGCUAUGAAGAAGUGCUCGACGACCCGAAUGUGGAUGCAGUUUAUGUGCCUCUGCCCACAAGUCUGCAUAUCAAAUGGGCCGUUCUUGUAGCCCAGAAGAAGAAGCAUUUGUUGUGUGAAAAGCCUGUCGGGUUAAAUGUUAAGGAAGUGGAUGUAAUAUUGGAGGCGUGUGAAUCUAAUGGGGUGCAGUUUAUGGAUGGUACUAUGUGGAUGCAUCAUCCUCGUACUGCUAAGAUGAGAGAAUUUCUUUCUGAUCCACAGCAAUUUGGUGAACUCAAAACGGUAAACACUUGUUUCACAUUUGCUGCUGAUCAGAACUUCCUUGAGAAUGACAUUCGAGUAAAACCAGAUCUUGAUGCUCUUGGUGCUCUUGGUGAUGUUGGGUGGUAUUGCAUUAGGGGUAUUCUGUGGGCUGCUGAUUUUGAGCUUCCCAAAUCAGUAAUUGCUUUACGCAACCCUGUGUUCAACAAGGCGGGGGUGAUUAUAUCAUGCGGUGCUUCUUUAUCGUGGGAAGAUGGGAAAGUGGCAAGUUUUCAUUGCUCUUUCCUAUCCAACUUGACAAUGGAUUUAACUGCUGUUGGAACAAAGGGCACGUUACACAUUCAUGACUUUAUCAUCCCCUUUGAGGAGAAGAAAGCUUCAUUUGUCUCAGCUGUAGAAUCUGGAUUUAAAGAACUUGUUACAGGGUGGGAGCCAAAACCUAGCGAGCACACGGUCAUGACUGACAUUCCACAGGAAGCUCUCAUGGUGAAAGAAUUCUCUAGGCUGGUUGCAAGUAUUAAAAACGAAGGCUCAAAACCUGAGAAGAAGUGGCCAACUCUUAGUAGGAAGACAACUCUGGUUUUGGAUGCUGUCAAGGCUUCGAUCGAAAAAGGUUUCGAAGCUGUGGAGAUUGUAAAUUGAUGAUUAGGUAUUGUUGAUACUAUUGCUGCUGGUCACACAAAUUGGAUUCUUCUAUGAAUCGAUGCUACGCUUUAAAUUUGCAGUGUAGCUGGUUUGGUUUGCAUGUGUGAUUGUAUCUGGUUUGAGCAUCCUUGUAUAACUGCAACCAAUAAACUUCUCGAAUUUCGAUUAUGAACAUGAUCAGUAUGUUUAACUUUAGAACCUUGGUUUACAAUUUA